UGCACUAACAUAAUACCUCUUUAUUCACAGCAGAUCAGUUGUCAAUCUGAUAUCCGCUAUUGUUUAGACCGUCAGUAGCCUGUAUUUUCGUGUCUUUUAUAUGCCAUAGUCGAAUUCCUGAGCAAUGGGGUGCUGUUGGGGCAGCUGUAAGGAGGAUAGCGCAUCACAGGGCGGAGAUGCUAGUGAAAGAACUCACUUACUGGUGGACCCAGUCAGCAACAACACUCCAGCUCAGAGAGCCAACAGUGAUGACUUCAUUUCUCGGUACCCUAAUUCUGUGCCUAAAAAAACUGAUGAACAGUCCGCAUUGAGCAGGAUAUUGCAAGAAACAGCCACUAAUGUUAUUGAUGUUGCUGCGUUAGAUUCUCAUAAUUUAGAGCAACAUGAGUAUAAAGAGCGCACAAAACAAUAUCAACAGCGACUUAUGCAAGGAUCAGGUCAACGUUGGAAUUUGAGCUCACCAUCUUUACUUGUUGAUAUCCCAAUGCCAGAGAAGGUACUUGCAGCUCUGCCUCUCAGCUAUGCUGAUAUGGACUUGAUAUCAACAACAGUUCUCCAUGCUAACAUGGCCCUAGAUGAACUGAAAGUGGAGCAUAAAGAGGAUCUGGUUGUCCCAUUCAGAAUCCCUUGACUUCCUGAGUGAUUUCUGAAAAUUAUGUUGUGUUCCUUUGUUCAGUAAUGUUUAUGGAUUUAGAAGUGUUGUUUCUCUACUUCAAUUACUAAAGUCAUUUAUAUUUACAUAUAUAUUUUAUAAAGAAAGAUCAGGCCAUCAAUUCUGCCACUGGUGUAAAUAAUGUUAGUAAUCAGUCAUACUCAUAUGUGAUAUUUUUAGGAUGAAUAGAAUGUGGGUUCUGGUGGGAUAUUUACCACAUGGUCUCCAUUCCACAUGACUGACUAAUGUUACUUCUUACUAUUUGAAAAACAUAGGGUACGUAUCUUAUUUUUCUUGAAGUCUUUUCCCCAUUGCAGAAACUUUUUUAAUCUUAAGACAAAUUUUGAUUGUUACAUCUUUUAGUUUAACAAGAUGUCUCAUUUAUUAGGUUUAAAAUGUACACUAGCAAAAAAUAUGACAUUUAGUUAGGCAGGGGCUGCUGGCUGUGUAAAAUUUAGCAUUUUCAAGGGGUUGACAGUUUGUUUUUGUAAGAAAGAAUUUGAUUUUUCCCUUAAUGGUUUCAAGCUGUAAAAUACUUAAUCAUAUGUAUUUCAUUUCAAUUUUACAAUAAUUGUGUUAAAGUAUUUUAAUCAAUUUUCCAACCACAGUAGUUGAAAGGUUUACAUAACUGGCAAUAUUAAAAUGGAAGUAAUAAAAGUGGAUGUCAAAUCUAAAA